GAGGCACUCGUCUCAACUGGGCCGUGCAGAGUGCUGCCGCUGAUUUUUUGCACCUCAUGCUAGUCAGCAUGGCACACCUCGCUCCAAGAGCCAGAUUCUGUUUAAGUUUUCACGACGAAGUGAGAUAUUUAGUACUGGACGAACACAGAUAUGAAACAGCUUUAGCUCUACAGAUAACUAAUCUCUUCACACGAGCAUUUUGUUCUCAAAUGGUGGGUAUACAUGAUUUACCAAUGUCAGUAGCUUUCUUCACACCAGUAGAAGUAGAUCAAGUAUUAAGAAAAGAAGCUAAUCUAUGUUGUACCACACCUUCAAAUCCCCAUGGCUUGGAAAAGGGUUAUGGAAUACCAGAUGGAGAAUCGCUAACUAUUUUUGAUGUUCUUGAAAAGUAUAAAUUAAAUUAA